AUGGGCCAGCGUCAAGCUCCAGUCCAACAGCAAGGACCCCUCCUCAUCUCGAUGAUGGGCCAGCGUCAACCCCCACCCCAGCCGCAGGUACCACUCAUCAUCUCGAUGAUGGGUCAACGUCAACCCGCACCCCCGCCACAGCAACCUAUGAUCAUUUCCAUGAUGGGAGGCUACGGACAACAGCAACAAUCACAGCAGCUGCCGAUGAUCAUAUCGAUGAUGGGAGGCUAUGGAGGAGCUGCGCCGCAGAUCUCGUAUCUGGGAGGCCAGCAGGCGGGCGGCCUCUCCGCUCUCCGCAAACCAGGAGCACCGCAAGCCUCGGCCCAGAGCCUCUCGAGUAUGGGUAGGCCCCAAAUCUGUGGAGUUCCGAAACAAGCUCCGAAGCCUCAAUCUCCGAUGCAACCCCAGCGAGCCCCGGGCCAGCCUCAGGGCCAGAGAUCUGCGGCACCGCAGCGAGGUCCGCCCCCUCGACGCUGA